AUGCCUGCCUUCAAAUUAGAAGAGUGCGCUCGGCCUAACAUCUUAGCACUCGUCCCCUAUCGGUGCGCCCGAGACGACUACAAGGAUGACGGCACCAAUAUUCUCCUCGACGCGAACGAGAACGCUUAUGGCCCUGCGGUAGCCCCUCUCGCCUCCAAGGUCGACUCCGACCUGCUCACUGCGAGGGACUUUCUCGGCCUCCACCGGUAUCCCGAUCCCCACCAGGAAACCCUCAAGGAGAAGCUCUGCGCCCUCCGCAACACACACACCCAUACACAGAAGACGCUCAAGCCCGAAAACCUAUUCGUAGGCGUUGGCAGCGACGAAGCCAUCGAUGCCGUCCUGCGCGCCUUCUGCGUUCCCGGAAAGGACAGGAUCCUUACAUGCCCUCCCACCUACGGCAUGUACUCGGUAUCAGCCCAGGUGAAUGACGUCUCUAUAAUCAAGGUGCCGCUGCUUCCGGCUCCUGAAUUCGGCAUCGAUGUCCCAGCUGUCACUCAGGCACUCUCCAACGAACCCAAUAUCAAGGUCGUGUACUUUUGCUCCCCAGGCAACCCCACUGGCGGCGCCCUGGCCAAGGACGACGUCAGGCAGGUGCUUGAGCACCCCACCUGGAACGGCAUCGUGGUGGUGGAUGAGGCCUACAUCGACUUUGCCCCCGACGGCACCUCCCUCGCCGAAUGGGUUCUGGAAUGGCCCAACCUACUCGUCAUGCAGACCCUUUCCAAGGCUUUUGGCAUGGCGGGCAUCCGUCUGGGUGCCGCAUUUGGCGCCCCACCCGUCAUCGGCCUCCUCAACAACCUCAAAGCCCCUACAACAUCUCGAGCCCGACCAGCGCCCUCGCCGCUCCUCGCUCAACGCGACCGCCUUGUUCAGGAGCUCCCCAAUAUUCCCGGCGUAGGACGGCUCCGAGGAGGCCUCGACAGCAACUUCUUACUCUACGAAAUGCUCGAUGCUGCUGGAAAACCAAACAACGACGUCGCCCGUGCUGUAUACGAGAAGUUGGCAGAGACUAAGGGUGUUGUCGUCAGGUUUAGGGGUACGGAACACGGAUGCUUAGGGUGCCUGAGGGUAACGGUGGGUACGGAGCACGAGGUCACGAGGUUGCUGUCAGCGCUGCAGACUGCGCUCGAGGAGGUGAGGGGCGCCUAA